GACAUGGAGACGCCACACACCGAACAUCUCUCCUCAGCCGACUAUGAACAUGUCUAUGAGCCGGCGGAGGACUCAUUUUUGUUGCUUGAUGCCUUGGAAGCAGACUUGGAGUUUCUGGACACACUGCAGCCGCGGCUGUGCCUUGAGAUCGGGUCUGGCAGCGGCGUCAUCAUCACCGCACUGGCCAAGCGCCUGGCCAACACCACCCACUGUUUGGCCACGGACAUCAAUCCCAAGGCAUGCGAGGCCACGAAGCGGACAGCGAUCCGGAACGGAGCUCGACUGGAUAGUUUGCGCUGUAAUCUGACGGACGCACUGCGUCGACGCUGCAUAGAUUUGCUGCUCUUCAAUCCGCCCUAUGUGGUAACCAGUGAUGAGGAGCUACAAACCCAACAGCUGACAGAAAAACCCGCGACAGAGCGCAACUUGGUCUUUUCCUGGGCAGGCGGCACAGAUGGACGGCGUGUGACUGAUAUUUUAUUGGAGCAAUUGGAUGACAUACUCUCGCCCAGCGGCGUGCUCUAUUUGCUGCUGCUGCACGAGAAUAAACCAGAUGAAAUAAUCGAACAAUUGAAGCGGCAAAGGUUCGAGGCUGUCAAAUAUAUGGAACGACGCAUUCCAGGGGAACAUUUGUAUAUAUUAAAAGUCAAGAGAGUUGCAAAUUAAUUAUAUAUAUUAAAUUAAUGUAAACCAA